AGUGACCCUUUCUUCUACACGAUAGACACUCCACAAUCCACAUAAUAGACAUUCUUUCACUCUUUAGCAAAACUAUUUCCGGUACAAGACAAAAGGUAUCGACGGGUUAACUUUUUUAAAGGUUCAUGGGUCAAACUGACCGGGUUGGGGAAAGCCGGGUCAGAAUGAGCGGUUUGGUUUUCUUCUCAUACAGGUCGAGCCGUCAUUUCGUUUAAUUCGUUUCCAAAGGUUUUCUUCAGCAAUUUCCAUUCGAUUUCUGUGACUUCGAGAAGCGAUAUUUUUUGCAGGGUUAAAUUCUGCAAAGAUUUUUGAAACAAGAAGUACCAUCUUCCAGAGGAGUAGCUUGAAGCCAACCACUCAGUUGACUUGAUGCCUCAAGUAGUCGGUGAGUCUUACAGGUUGGGUAAGCUUACUAGUUCGAGAUAUGAUACAAACAAUUAUUUGGCAACAAUCAAAUUCAGGUCAAUUGGUGAACUGAAGUGGAACUAUUGUAAUGUCCGCUCUGAUACGACCACCACACUUAACCACGCUCCUCCACGACACUGCCAAGCUCCUCCAGUAUUUAGCCGGGACUAGAAACCUUGAGCUCGGAAAAGUAGUCCAUGCUCAUUUGAUUGUGUCUAAUCAAUACUCUGGAGACCAUGUACUCGAGAUAAAUUCUUUGAUCAAUCUUUACUCAAAAUGCGCAGAACUAAAAUCUGCCCGCCAAGUGUUCGACAAAAUGCACAAAAGAAAUGUGGUUUCAUGGAGUGCUUUACUGGCGGGUCAUUUUCAAAACGGGAUGGAUUUUGAAGUUCUCAGAUCGUUUAAAUCUAUGGUUUCACAGGAUUUUGACUUGUGCCAGCCUAAUGAGUAUAUAUUUGCAACGGUGAUUUCGUCUUGUUCUAACGUUGGGUACCUUUCAUCAGGUAGACAGUGUCACGGUUACGUGUUGAAAUCUGGUUUGGUGUUCCAUCAAUACGUGAAGAAUGCACUUGUACGCUUGUACUCCAUGUUGUCAGACGUUGUAGGGGCUAUGGAGGUUUUGGUUUCGGUACCUGGAUCCGAUACGUGUACGUAUAACCUGAUCUUAAACGGACUCGUUGAGAAUAAGUACUUAAAUGAAGCAUUAGAUAUACUAACGAGAAUGUCUGCUGAACAUUUGGUGUGGAACAAGGCCACUUACAUUUGUAGUUUCGGGCUUUGUGCCCGGCUUAAACAUUUAACCUUGGGGCAACAAAUUCACAACAGACUGCUAAAGAGCGAUGUCGAGUUUGACGUGUUUGUAUGUAGUACGAUUAUCGACAUGUAUGGGAAAUGUAAAGAUGUUUUAAGUGCGAGAAAAGUAUUUGACAUGUCUCGAGAUCGAAAUGUGGUUUCAUGGACUGCAAUGUUGUCAGCUUACUCACAACAUGGGUUCUUCGAGGAGACGUUAAAGUUAUUUUGUAGUAUGCAAAGUAAUGGAAUCGCCCCAAACGAGUCUACGUUUUCUGUAAUAUUAAAUGCAAGUGCGGGGUUAUCGUCACUAGGAUACGGGUAUUCGUUGCACGCGCUUGUAGAGAAAAAAGGGUUCACGGGUCAUAAGAACGUUGGAAAUUCUUUAAUAAACAUGUAUUCAAAGACCGGUGACAUCGAAGCUGCAAAUAAAAUGUUUUCAGGUAUGACUAAUCGUGAUAUUAUAACGUGGAAUACAAUUAUAUGUGGAUACGCGCAUCAUGGUCUUGGUAACAAGUCAUUGGCGUUAUUUCAAGAAAUGUUGAAAACCGAUGAGAAACCUAGUCACGUAACUUUCGUUGGUGUUCUUACUGCCUGCGGACAUUCGGGAAAUGUUGAAUUAGGGUUUCACUUCUUUCACGAGUUAAUGAAACAAAAGGGCGUCGAACCUGGGUUGGAGCACUAUACCUGCAUUGUUGGACUUUUAAGCAAGGCUGGCCGAUUAAACGAAGCUAAAGACUUCAUGCUUUCGACGCAAGUUAAAUGGGACUCCAUUGCGUGGCGGACUUUGCUGAACGCUUGUAAUAUCCAUAGAAACUACACUUUGGGUACCGAAAUCGGUAACAUUAUCUUGAAUUUGGAUCCUAACGACGUCGGGUCUUAUACCCUUUUAUCUAACAUUUAUGCUAAGGCUAAUAAGUGGGGUCGAGUUACUGAAAUACGGGAGUUAAUGAAGAAAAAGAAGAUAAAGAAAGAGCCCGGGUUGAGUUGGUUGGAGAUCAAGAAUCAAACACAUGUGUUUGUUUCGGAUGAUAAUGGACAUCCGGAAUAUGUCGCGAUUCAUGAAAAGUUGAAGGAGUUGUUUGGUAAGAUCAAAUCAUUUGGUUACGUGCCUAAUAUUUCUAACGUGUUACAUGAUGUUGAAGAUGAACAGAAGGAAGAUAAUGUUGGUUAUCAUAGUGAAAAGCUUGCAGUAGCAUAUGCCAUAUUGAGAACACAUAAAGACACGCCGAUUCGUAUUAUAAAGAAUUUGAGGAUAUGCGAUGAUUGCCAUGUUACUAUGAAACUAAUUUCGAAAGUUACAAAUCGGGUUAUAAGUGUAAGAGAUGCUAAUCGUUUUCAUUGUUUCCGAGAUGGAAGUUGCUCGUGUGGAGAUUAUUGGUGACUUGUGACCAAUCAUCAACCACCUCGUCUCACUAGAUUUUUAAAUUAAGGCUCCAGGUAAGUUCUAACACCAAGUUUAAUUGAUGUAAGUAUAUAUUUUUUUCGGGUAUUUUUAAAAUAAUCAAGCUGUGAUGUCAUGUGUUUAUGUGUUACAAGUUAAAAACUUUCUGCCUCUGGUCUAGUUUAUAUAUAUAUAUAUAGAUGCCGGUUAUUGUAAAAAUUGCCUUAACGUACGCUGCGUACGAGAUGCAGUAUCAACAUGCGAUUUUUCUUUUGAACAUGCAAUUUUGGUUUUUUUCAGCAACAUGCGAUUUUUUUUAACAUGCGAAAUUAUUUUUUUUAACAUGCGAUCUUUGGUUUUUUUCAACAUGCGAGAUUUCCUUUCUGGGGUUAUAACAUGCGAACUUGCCAUAGCGUACGCUUCGUACGUUAAGGCAUUUUGUACGAUACACUUUUUCUAUAUAUAUAUAUUUGCUGUAAAUUCAUGUAAAUCAAAUAGCCUUCAAUAAUCGAUACAAUUUCAAGUCAUUG